CCUGUGCCAGCAUCAUCAUCAUCAUCAUCCACAUCAUCAUCCUUUUUUCAAGGGACUUCAGGUUUGGGUGACUCAGGGAGAUGGAUUAUAAGACAGACGCCAAGGCUAAAUCUGAUUUGCUCAGAGUUGUGAUUAAUGUAAACUAGCUUGCUCGGUGAAUAGUCGAGGAUGCAGCGAUUGCAUUUCACAAGUCAUUCAUUUUGGCUAACGCUAGCGGUGUUAGCUAGCUAGUGGGGGGUGACCUCACCUCAGCUGGGUUUAGCUGACUUGCUAGGUACUCUAAGCUGCUACCCCUUUGCUGCUGGGCAGUUCGGCUAAAUUUCAGCUGAGAUUUCGCGAUAAAUUAAUCGACAGGCACCAGCAUCAGCCACUUAGGCCCUUUGGCUAGUGUGCAAAGUGAGACGGAAACAGCUGCGGCCAACAGCAGGCACACUAUGGAUUAUGAACAUAAAGCGAAGGCAGUGGCUGACUGUCUGCAGAGCUACAGGAAGGACGAGAGCGGCUGGAAAGUCUGCAAGAAAUCGAACGACGUGGUUGUGUCUUGGCGUCCCUCCACUGAGUUCCCAGGGAAUGUUUACAAAGGUGAGGGGAUUGUCAGUGGCAGCCCAGAGAAAGUGUGGGAGUGUCUGAAGCCAGUGCCCAGUGGGCUGAGAGUCAAAUGGGACAACAACGUCAAAAAGUUUGAGCUUCUGGAACAAAUCACAGAGGACAUCUCUGUCUGCCGAACAGUCACGCCUUCAGCGGCCAUGGGCAUCAUAGCUCCACGAGACUUUGUAGAUGUUAUUUUAAUUAAGCAAUACGAAGAUGGCACCAUUACGUCAAAUGCCACCCAUGUGGGUCACCCUGGCUGUCCUCCCCAGUCAGGCUACGUCAGGGGAUUCAACCAUCCAUGUGGCUGCAUCUGUGUCCCCAUCUCAGGAGAGCCCAACAAAACGCAGGUUUUCAGUUUCUUCCAGACAGACUUGGGUGGUUUCCUCCCUCGCUCUGUGGUCGACUCCUUCUUCCCCUCCAGCAUGGCCGAGUUCUACAGCAACCUGGCCAAAGCUGUCAAGUCCCUCAAGGACCAUUGAUGCCAUGAGUGUCGGAGCUGCAUGGUGAGACCUAACGUCUAGUCAUCGGCUCAUCUCAUUUUGAUCAAUCUGAACUGCACACAAAUCAGCAGAGAUUUUGGGAAAGUAGAGGGUUAAAAUUAUAAUCAAAAUGGAAGAGCCCUACGAUUGAUGUCAUAGGUGCAUUCUGUAAGUUUUUAAGUUUAAUAACAGGUGUCGGUAUACUUUAACUAACGAGAUAUCCUCCGAAAUUAAAUGACACUUGUAGAUUUUCCUGUAUUCCUCUGCCAUUGCAGGCAGAUCCAUCAGUAAAUCAGUCAGUCCCCUAAGUGGAAAGCAAGCUUACAGAUUGCCCCUAAGAAGAAUGAGGACUAGCACUUGCCAAAACUCAAUUCAAAGGAGAAAAAUCCCUUUACAUUCCCUUCAGCACUUCCCGCCGAAGGGAAUGUAAAUGGAUCUUUUAAAAAUUUCCUCCCAAUGUAAAAAAUGAAAUAGCUGUAAAAUCUAUAUUUUGUACAUGUGCUAAAGGUACAGAACAUCUGGAGAUCUUUCCUUUUGUACCAUAAAUAUGACUCCAGACCAUUCCUCUUCUACUGACUGCAUACUCAUGUGUGUACAGUAAACAUGCAUGUUGCAUGGACCUUACCUACCCUACCAUGGAAUCACAUUCCUGGGCCAGGGCAGUGACGGAUACCUCAUAUUGUCAUUUGUGUCGUACUUGAAAUGCCACAGUUUUGCUCGUCUCAACUCACCUUUAACCAUAGAUACCUGCCUCAUAUCUAGCACACUAAAACACAAAAGCACAGGAACUAGCACAGUAGUUUGCAGUAAGGGAAAAUUGCAGUAUUACGCACAUACCGCUAUAUCACUGAUAAGGGAAACGUCAUGAUAAGGGGUCUUUGUAAACGGAAGCAGAUUUCUGUUUUAAACAUGUCAGCCUUUUUUAAUGGCACUAGUUCCCAGAGUAAUUUGCCCAUUCAUUUUCAAAGACAUUUCAGGAAAUCUGUUUUCACUUUUAAGAGUUUUAAGAUUUGACUUAAACCAGCCAGAUUCCUGAUGAAUCAUGAGUAGAUAGAUAGGAAGAUAGAGUCGCAAUUGCUAAUUUGUAGUAGUUUUCUUCUCUUUGUCCCUAAACAGACAUUAUGUCCAACUAUAAAAUCUUGUAGUAGCACAAGUCACUAACUGAUAGCUAGCUGUAAUAAAGGUAUAGUAAUAAGCCUCUGAUUGUUGGGAAAUCACUUAAAGGACAGUUCCACCCAAAUUCAACCUUGGCCUCAUUUUACCGUAUUUUCCAACUGUAGCGAUCACUUGUGACCAAAAUGUAAUCAAAUGCGUCAUUGUACUGUAGAAUGCUGACAAUCUGUAGUCCACAAUGUAUGACUGUCAGUAACGUCAAGGCUGCUAAUCACACUUGUUUUGGGAAAAAUGAAUGGGAACCUUAAUAUGAGCUGUCUUCUCGUCACGGUAGUCUGUCCAUGUUUUCUUAACACCUUAGGACACAUUUAACAACUGGACCGCAAUUUAUCCUCUCAGCUGUAUUUUAUACAUCACAACCCAAAUUCAGGAAUCACGACAUUCAGUCAGGUUGAGACGUAUCACUCAUCUAUACUUGCACACUACCAAACUACAUUACAGUUUACAGCACUGGAAAAAAUGACUUCUAAAUCUAAAAAUUAUCUGUUUGUUGAGCAGUACUCAAUAAAAUUCAGUGUUCAGUUGUUGCAAAAUUGCAACCUCAAGAAUGAAUAUUCACCUCUUUUAACUGUCAAUUUCCACACAGCUUACACAGUCGUCUUCAGGUACUCAAAAAGAACUUGACCUCAGCACGAGCGUACUGUGGAACUGUACAGAAUCUGUACUUCCUUUAAUACUGUAACUUAAGACACUAUGGCACGUCGUGGUUGAAAAGAAACAAUGCUGUAUCUUGGUGGUUUAGACACUUUGUAAGCCUUCGUUUGCCUCCCCCAUCACCUGUCAGGACACUAAAAUUUCAUUAUAUGGAAUGCAUAGAUUUCUAACAAUCACAACCAGACAGGGUUCCCAUGCAACCUGGGAAAAUUAGAAAACUGACUUAAAACUGAUUUUAAAAAUGUCCUGGAAGUAUUCAUAAAAUGCUGGAAAAUUGUAAAGUUUGGCUGAAAUGAUAUUUAAUUGUUUUCUUUAGCUCACAUUGUAUAUUUUUAGUGGCAGAUACCCACAUUUUAGCGACCAUUCACACCCACUUUGGUGUAGUGCAGUGUCAUCAGUUGAUGGAAGACCAAACAGGUGAUGCUGUGAUCAGCACAGUGUUUGUGUAGAAGCAACACGUUAUUUGCAUGUUGUCAACAUGCUUGUGCGUUGUUAGCCUGUUGCUAACAAGUCAACACGUGCAUUGUUAGCAUGAUGUUAACAUGUUAUUUUUUUUUAACAUGUAGACAAGACAUAUAAGACACAAAGUAUUGACUGUCUAAUUUGAGAUUUCAGUUUGAUACGGUUUUCAGCUUUUUGACCAUUUUGAAUCAUGUGAGCAACUGCUAACAUGUAUGUGAGUCAUUGAAUAUGUCCUUGAAAAAUUAUGGAAAAUGAUUUGUGUAGAUGAGUGGGAACCCUGACCGAUAAAUGUCAAGAUUGACAUUUAUACCCAGAUUCAAUCAUGCCUAACUGAAUUUCUCUCUGAAUCCACUAAGUUCGGUAUAUUGUUUGAAAAAUUCUGUUACUAGCACUUUAUUAUUGGAAAAUUCUUUCAGCAUUUGUGAGGUUUGGUCUUAAAAAGUACCUCUCAACCCAGGUCAGUUUUUGAAGUGCGAUGAAGCCAGUAUGCCAGAGGAUGAGGAUGAGUAUAUAGUUAAGGGAAUGCACUGUAUGGUAUGUGAUUUGUUGCGGUGAGACGCUGCUGGUAUUGUAAUCUGCAUGCCCAGUUUCUUCAGAGCCUUUCCAUGUAAGAUGAGCCAUAUGAGGGUGACACAUUUUUAACUGAUCUUCUCAGUAGUACCAGGAUUCCUUUCCAAACGUUUUGUUGCCAGAUGUUUAACCUUUUUAAUAACCUUUAUAAGAGCAUUCCACCAGUUACAAGUCAUGUGUGCUUGUUUUUAUUAUUGCUUACAAGCCGAUUUAAAGGCAUCUCUUGUGUGUAUUGUUCAGUAUGUGGAGCCUGCAACUCUUGCGAUAUUGUCUUAAACCGAGCACAUGCAGGUAGCUGCUAAAAUCAAAGAAACAUGGUGUAUUAAGGACAGAAUGCAUUGAAAACCACAGGGGCAAGAUUCUCCUGGCUUUGUUUAAAAGGGCAUUAAGUAAUCUAUGACCUUUAGCAGCCUCCUAUGCAACCAGUAGAGAUUGCAUCAUCAUUAGUGGGAGGUAUCUCCUCUUAUGCAAGCCUCUGGUAUUUGACAUGGUGGUCUAAUGAACAUGAAAGCCAUGUAAACUCUGGCUUUCUCCAUGCCAAAACCCGGUACAGUUAAACCAUUAUAUUACAGAAAGCACUUGAUUGUUUCCCCAUCAGAGGGUUUUUAACAAGUGUCAGUCAAAUACUUGACUAAGUUCUCUGUGUGCUUCAGUAUGGAUUCAAAUAUCUAUAAACUCUCUGUCAUGGUGCAUUGAAUCUGUCAGUUCACAGCCCAUCAGCCGCCUCCGACACUUUCUGGCUGUGUUUCUUACGUUUUGGCAGUUAGCUGCAUGUUGUCAUGGAUACACUGUUUCUGAUAAAUUGAUAAUAAUUUGUCCAACAUAGAUUAUAUGUAAAAUGGCACUUGUUAAAUGUUUGUAAUGUUUGCCUCCUACUGAAAGCAACUGCUGCUAAUGACAAUGAUCUAAAUGUUUUAAAAUGUCACCAUAAGAAAUAGACUGUUUACCUUGUACUGUACUGUACCCAGUACGUUUUGUAUUUCACCAGCAUUAAAAUUAUUGAUACCCACCCA